GGAGGUGGUAUUUCCGAGGUCACGUGAAGGCAUCGGUUCCACCCAGCUUGGUUGGCUAUUAGCUAAUUCUACAACAACACACCGCCGCUAACACACGCUGCUGUCAUUUUCUAUCAACUUGAUCUGAAAAACGAUUUCCAGCAACCAGAAGCGGCUCCGCGGAGACGUUUAGCUUCACAGGAACAAGUUGAUCAUCUUCCUCAUUAACCAGCUGAAUUUACACACCCAGCAAUGUGAGCUGCUCUGAUGUGUGCCCUCCCACAUCCAUCCAGCGCCUGGCUGAUACAGCUUAUAAACUGGUCUACAGGACUUUAACAUAAACACUGAAUAGAUCUGCUGCUGAGUCAGCACCACAGGUUUAUGUUGGUCUGGCUUGUGGGGUAACUUCCUUCAGCGGCGUCCACAAUGCCUCUGGGACUGGGGAGAAGGAAAAAAGCAUCCCCUUUGGUGGAGAAUGAAGAGGCAGAGCCCAUUCGUGGGGGUCUCAACGUGCCAGGUAUGGAAGGCCUGGAUGGAGGGGUCGUAGGGGAAGCUGCAGGGUCUGACGGCCUUCCUCCCCCACCAAACAGCAUGAGACCCAGGCUCAUUUUCCACACCCAACUAGCUCACGGAAGCCCCACGGGCCGCAUUGAGGGCUUCAGCAAUGUGCGAGAGCUCUACGCCAAGAUCGGAGAGGCUUUUGGCAUCCCACCAUCUGAGGUUAUGUUUUGCACGCUGAACACGCACAAGGUGGACAUGGAUAAACUUUUAGGGGGACAGAUCGGGCUGGAGGACUUCAUUUUUGCUCACAUUAAAGGCCAGAAGAAGGAAAUAGAAAUUUUUAAAGGAGAAGAUGCAUUAGGGUUGACAAUCACUGAUAACGGAGCGGGUUAUGCUUUUAUUAAGAGGAUCAGGGAGGGAAGCAUCAUCCACCAAAUCCAGGUCAUUAAUGUAGGCGACAUGAUCGAGUCCAUCAACGGCCAUCGCCUCAUUGGCUGUCGACACUAUGAAGUUGCCAAAAUGCUGAAGGAGCUUCCUAAGGGGAAAAUGUUCACCAUCAAACUUGUGGAGCCUCUCAAAGCCUUUGAUAUGAUCGGCCAGAGGUCCUCCGGCUCCAGGUCAGGAUCAGGGGUCCAACUUGGGACGGGCAGAGGGACCCUUCGUCUGCGCUCUAAAGGUCCUGCCACAGUGGAGGAGCUGCCUUCUGCAUUUGAGGAGAAGGCGAUAGAGAAGGUGGAUGAUUUGCUAGAGAGCUACAUGGGCAUCAGGGACAGCGAGCUGGCGGCCACAAUGGUAGAGCUGGGCAAAGACAAGAAGAACCCAGAUGAGUUUGCAGAGGCUUUGGAUGAAACCCUGGGAGAUUUCGCCUUCCCCGACGAGUUUGUUUUUGACGUCUGGGGCGCCAUCGGGGACGCCAAGGUCGGGCGCGUGUAACUGCGGGAGCUAAUGACGCAGAACACCCAGUGCGCGUGUGUUAACACCCGCAACACUCGAACACUACUAGAAAACAUAAGGCCACCAUCAUGUUUAUUUUUAUUCCAGUCUACAAACACUCCCUCUAUUUUUGUGCGUUUCCAACCUUUGGGGAGCCACAGCGGACCGUCCCAUACCACGAAGAGGAAGGUGACUGCAGCGACUUCCUAAAUGGCUUUAUUUUGUCUUCCAGCCUUUUUUUCUGGAAACAUCGUUGAGCACAUAACAAGACCCCCCCGCAUGUUGAUGUUGUAGUUGCUGGCGGUGGAAAAAGCACCGACUCUGUUUUCUGAUGUGGGAGAAACAAGAUCUUUGAUAUAAAACAUUCUUACUGCACUGCAAACCAGCAGCAGAGGUGAAGAUGUGUCGCACGUUACCUCACCUGGUUAGAUAUUACACAGCAGAAGAUCUCCUCCUCAACUACAUGAUUAUACUGUGAUGGAACAGUUGUGAAAGCAUGUGCCGUCACAUUCUUCUUUUUUAUUGUAAAUUUCAUAACAUCUUUUGGUUUUAUGUUAGAAAUAAGAACUGGUUACAAAGAGGUGAUAGUGAAAGGUAGCUUUACACUACAGAGAUUAAGUGGCUCUCACUAUUAGUGAAGCAGGAGUCUUCAGUGUUAUGAAAAAGCAGUGUUAACUUGAAGGUCAAGCAGCAGGUUAUGGUUUGUGGACCGUGUCGACUCAUUUUUUUUUAUUGCUAGUGUUUUUAUAUGAGGUGAUGUGAUGUCUGUUUUGAAAAGACUUGUGUGAAGAGACGACAUUUUCACCACGUUGUGUAUCUUUAUUACUGAGAAUGAGAUACUAAUGUUUGGGAAAAGCUGUGCA